CGUCGCGUCGCGGGGAGGAGACGCCGGAGAGGCGCGUCGCGGGCGGAGCGGAGCGGAAGAGAGCCGCAGCUGAACGCCGGUGGUCGCGGUUCUGCUCGCCUGAAACGGAGCUCACCGGACCGAACGGAAAGCGCCGCCGGUUCACCGACAGACUCGAGCGGAGGGAUGGUGGAGAACAGCGGCAGCGGCAAGACACAGAUGGAGGCUGGUUUGUCCGGAGGCUUUGCUCAUAACUCAUCUUCGGGAGUGAAGCUGGAUCAGAUGAUGGAGCAUCUUCAGCGGCAGCAGCAGGCGCGUCUGGAGCUGGAGAAGGAGCGGAGGCUGCGGGAAGCUCACAUCAUGUACGCCCAGCAGCUCGCGGCUCAGCAGGCCAUUCUGACCGCCGCCGCUCGGGCCUCAGGGGCCGGCUUCGUGAGCAGGGGCCUCGGCGCUCCCGGGGCCGGACAGGCGCCCCGAGUCUCCAACCAGAGCAGCCUGGACUCGGAGCGCGAGGAUGAACACGACCGGGACUCGGAGGAGGAGGAGGAGGACGACGACGGGAUGAUGAGCGAGGAAGAUGAGCGGCCCUUCAGGAGCUACUCGGGCCCCGGGGCCGCCGUAGAAGCGCAGAGAGCUCCGUCGCCCGCCGUUAGGGUCAAGGAGGAGCCCGAGGACGAUCUCUCGCCCGUCGGUCAAGCGUCUGCGUCUUCUCCUAACGGUCAGGCGGACUGGAGCUACGAGGAUCACUUUAAAGCGAACGGCGGUGUAUCCUGGCCGGAUGAUGUGGAUGUUGCUCGUGGAAGAGGGGAAGCAUCCAGAGAUUUUGCCAAGUUAUAUGAACUGGAUAGCGACCCGCACAGGAAGGAGUUUCUGGACGACCUUUUCACCUUUAUGCAGAAACGAGGGACGCCCGUGAACAGGAUCCCGAUCAUGGCCAAGCAGGUGCUGGAUCUGUACAUGCUGUAUAAACUAGUGACGGAGAAGGGAGGACUGGUGGAGGUCAUCAACAAGAAGAUCUGGAGAGAGAUCACCAAAGGCCUUAACCUGCCCACGUCCAUCACCAGCGCCGCCUUCACACUCCGCACGCAGUAUAUGAAGUAUCUGUAUCCGUACGAAUGCGAGCGGAAGGCGUUGAGUUCUCCGAGCGAGCUGCAGGCUGCCAUCGACAGCAACCGGCGCGAAGGCCGGCGACCCACCUACAGCAACAGCCUGUUCCGCUUCAGCCCCUCCCCCGGCUCCGCCCCUCACCUCCUGACCCCGCCCAAGAUGCACCUGUCAGCGCUGGGGGCCAUCGGGGCCCUGAACGGACUGCAGGCGCCCCCGGGGCCCUCUGUGAAGAAGGGACUGGACGACGGCCGCUCGCUGGCGCUGGCGUUCGGUCCGCAGCAGGCCGUGGGUCUGGCUCGGGCGGCCACUCUGGAGCAGCUCCGGGAGAAGCUGGAGACGGAGGCUCCGGAGAGAAAGAUGGCUCGUCUGGCCGAAGAGCAGCAGAGACUCCUGCAGCAGGCCUUCCAUCACAACCUGCUGACCAUGGCCUCCCAGAUCCCCUCCAACCUGCGCCUGGCCGCUCCGGCCCACGAAGAGAAGCAGGAUCUGUCCGUGAGAGUCUCCUCCAGCGGGGCGGCGAGUAUCAGCGUGUCCGUGGAAGUCAACGGCGUCGUUUACUCAGGAACUCUGUUCGCGCAGAAGUCUGCGUCGGCCGCACCCGGACCCAGCUUCACCUUCUCCGGCUCCGCCCCCAGCCAAAGCCCCGCCUCCUCCUCCUCCUCCAAGGGGCGGAGCUCAGCAGAGCCCGGCGGCUCUCCGUAACACGUCGCCGACCAUCAGACUGUUGCACAACCAUUACCUCAGUUUGUCCUGUCCACUCGGGCUGUCCAGUGACAUGUACAUGGACACGCAUGCGUAAAAUAACACGGACGGGCCUCGUUCGUGAAUCACGAGUUCAAUCGGUUCGAUUAGAAAGUCAUGCUCGUGUUUCAGGAACGACGUCCCAAAAUGCUAAAUACAAUCAGCCAAACGACAGGCAGGUUUUGUUAUUAUUAUUUAGAGUGUGUUUCGAUCUGUCUUCUGAUUACGUUUCGUGACCUUAUGACCUUUUUUCACUCAAGGUUCCUCAUUUUACAGUCAUACCUCGAACGCUCAGCGGUGGAACGUUACGGGAGCGUCUUGUACCUCAGGAUCUGUAGUUUAGGAGUUAGGAGUAGUUUUAAUUUUUGUAGAAUUGGUUUGAAUUGGUGACGCUGACGGGACCUCGCCGGUUUCUCCCGUCAGCGGAGAUGAGUCUCUGAAUCUUAUCAGGUUCUCAGGAAUAUAUAUCUGCUGUCCUGCAGCGCGUUCGUUUGAUGAUGUCUUCAAGAACAACCGUCAAAUACCUCAGAAACCAGAUGAAUGUCUCAGUAAAUGUUUAAACGAGCAAUCGGCCCUCUCUGCGAAAACAAAUCAUUUCAUCUGGGUCUCAGGGCAGGUUUUACAUAGCUGGGUGAAUCUCAUGGAAACGCAUCAAUCAUCACACGCUUGCGUGAAUAUUUAGUAGAUGUCAAAUUGAAUUUAACGAUGCGUAAAAAAAAAUGAAGAAAAUGUGCAUUAUUCAAAAGUUAUUUGAUCAAAAGUACUGAAAAACAUUAAUAGUGUGAAAAAUCAGCGCAAUUUCUAAUAGUGGUUUUCUACUUUUAUAUACUUUAAAAUAUUGUUUAUUUCUGUGGUGCAGCGCCGAAUCUCAGAUGAAUAAAAAUGUAAAAGAACAGCAUUUAUUCAACAUUUAAAAAACGUUUCCUCCAUUUAACACAUCCUAAAAAUUAUAUAAAUAAUUAUAUAAAAAUAAUAUAAAAUAUUUCUUUAAAAAUAGCAAUGAACCAAUGACUGGAGUACACGGAAUUUCUAUUUUGAGCAAAAAAACUGCUUCCAAAUCAGAAGCGUUCGCAACCAGUAUAUGAGAAUGAUUUCUGAAGGAUGACGUGACACUGAAAGACUGGAGAAAUGAUGCUGAAAAUUCACAGGAAUAAGUUGUAUAUGAAAAUAGAAAACUGUUAUUUUAAAUUGCGACAUUUCACAUUUUUCCCUGAUAGAUACAGCCUUAAAACAAAGACAAAGUUCUAAUCCCAAGCUUUUGAAUUUUUGCCAUUUUAUUAUUUUUUUUUACCAUGCAUACGUAUAUGCACAUAUUUCAUUAUAGUUUGAUAAAUAUAUGCAAGCACACGUAUGCGUACAUACAAGAUUUGAAAUAUAUAGAUAUUUGCAUGACACAAUUUAUAUUUUAUAUAUACAUCCUAAAAGCAGGAGUCAUUUUCUCCUUUUUCUCUUCCUGUUGAUUUGGGGUCAAAGGUCAUUUCAUGAGAUUCACCCACGAAUGGUGUGACGAAGUUCUCGGCGUAAGCAUGCAAUCAUUCCUCGAGCAAACCGUCGUCCUCUUUCUUCCACACCGAUGCUUCAGGGCCUGAUGUUUUUGUCUGACGUUGUUGCCUUCCGUCCCAGGAAGGCGUCUCUCUCAGGAAGUACUGUGAUGUUUUUAAGUGAACUCUUGUUGUUUUUAAGAUGAUAUAAAUGGAUAAUCGGUGGCGAAGUACCUCAGACUCUGCUGUGGAGAUUUACACUACAUACCUCGUGCUGCCGCUUCCGCGCAGGAUCUGGAAUAUGCUGGACGUGAAUCCCUCGAGCUGGACUUUCCUUUCUCUCCGUGUCUUUCUCUUGUGGCAAAACCAGACGUGAACUGAUGCAUUUGUACAAUCAGGUGGCCAGACCUGCUCACCUUAACCGAAUCAAACUGCCUUCAGCUGCUGCUCAGCUAGAAACCAAAGACCGGGUGACCUCGGCCUCGGGGGUCAGAGGUCACCGCGAUGCUGUAUGAUUGUGAUGUCAUGGGUCAGGUGACCAGGGAAACACACUUACGCGCGUCUCUGUGUCCGGUCCGCUUGAGGUUUGAAGGCCACAUUGAUGUGCUUUCUCUCCGUUCUCAGGACCCAUUCUUCUCUGUUCCAGCUCUGAUCCUCCAUGUUUUGCUGCAGCUCUUCUUCUGUUUGAACUGGAUUAAAAAAAACCUUGUGCAGAUACGUUGUCCCACUUUUAUUUGUGUGUCUAAUGCUUCAAAACGCUACAGGUUUUACCCAUAAACGGGUUCCAGGAUGCAGAAACGAUGCCAAACGUUGCCGCUGGUGCACAGAUCUAUGGAAGCUUACUUCAGCCACAGAGUGAUAAAAUUAAAAAGAUUCAUUUUUUAAUCUCACAAUUCUUAUUUUGAAAAAUCUGGCAUUUUUCGUGCAACUGUGACCGAUUUUUGAGAUAUAUAGUAAACUCACAUUUGCUUAGGAAAAGUUGCAGUUAAUUUUUUAUUUUUUUUUUAUUUAGUUGCAAGAUGUGAACUACAUUUAUUUACUCAUUCAUUUGUUCGUUCUGUGGCUUUUUUAACAUUUGAUUUCUUCAAUCCUGAAUAUAUGGUGAGUCUUGGAGGGUUUUUUUUUGGCGGGAAUAUUGUUUCGUGAUGCCUGAAUUCAUUUAGUUCAACAUUUCAAGACAUAACAAGCAUUACGAUCACCUUGAUCAAAUAACGUUGUGUGGUCACGUGCUGCAGUUUGGUCGCGCGAGUUCAGGUGCUUACGUCACCUGCUGACGGUUAGCAUGAAACAUGCUACCAAAAUAUAUAUUUGCUUUAUGGUAACGUUGGAUAAAAAACACGAGCACGAGUCUUCAGAACAGCGCUGGAGGGUGUUUGCUCCACAGAAUUAGCCUCAGACAUGCUAGGUAGGACUAGACCUGCUUUAUUUUCAUAAAGGGCGGGUAUGUUGUGAAAAUCGGUAGAAUGAUCGGUGAUUUAAGUGUGUUUGACUCGGGUUUUGAAAUGGGGUGAGGUAAAAAAAGAGAAAAGUCGUUGGAUAAACGCCACUGCUAAAUGGUUUAAAUGUAAAGAAUCUCUGCCAUAUCGCUUCGUUGUUGGUUUUGCGCGCCAAAAAAAGUGCGCGCUAAAACAAAGACUCAGAAAUGAAAAGAGAAUAAAAUAUAUCGAGGAUCUCCGAGUAAGUGGAUGAUAUUUUACCGCUGCUAAGAUCCCAGUAAAUACGUAAAGUCUUGAGAAUCGUAACAGUUGGAAUAAUCGCGUUUCAGUGAAUAAAACAAUAGACCAGGCAGUCUUUAUGUUUGUAAUUUUAUAUUUUAUGAUAAUAAGCUGUCGGGGGUCGCUUUAAACGGCAGAAACUAAUUGUAGAGUUUUUCCAGAAACAGGUGAAGUUUAGCCUGCUUUAGCCUCGAGGUGGCGCGCAUGCGCAGAGAGACUGACACGUGCGCGUAGAUCUUAAAAUCAAGUGAAACCUUGAAUCUUCUUCUAUGAUAUGCGCAGUGGGUUUUGCCCAUGCUGUUUUAAUAAAAUAUGAAUACUCGUUGAACUGGUUGUGUGUUAAAGUGCAGCACUUUACCAUAAAUACAAGGUACACGUUUGACUUUACAUUUGUUGGCAGUAGAAUAUAUGGUUCUCAUGGCUUUUAAACAUAUAGCUGUACUUUGUAUAUCAUCUGUGUGACUAAUUAGUUUUUUGCAUGUUUUUGAGUUUGUUCCUCAUUGUGGUUUAUCCUGUAAGCAAGCUUUUUUUUUUUUUUUUUUUUUUUUUUUUUCGGUUUCAUAAACUCUUGAAAUACAUUCAGCUCUCGUCUUCCAGUGAAGCUCUACACACAUUUGGUUUUGUUUAAACCUUACAGCAUAACACUAGCUACCUAUAAUAUUACUACUUAAUGAUAAUCCAGCCGAUAAAAUCCUCCGACAAUAUAUUGCAUGCAUUUUAACAGAGUAAAGGAGUUCACAAGUCCAACCUCGGGAGUGAAAACGUCUUUAAAUAUAUUUUACAUUUUGGAAUUUAAGAUAAGUCUGAGGAUGUUUUAACUUCAGAGACUACUUUUAAGAAUAAUUGAAAUUCUUGAGAAAAAAAACUUGUA